AUGUACCUCAUGGUAGGCACGCGUCCAGACCUCACAGCUUCAGUGGGAGUGCUCAGCCAGUUUGCUGCUGACCCGUGUCCGACACACUGGCAAGCACUCAAGCGCGUGCUACGGUACCUGCAAGCGACUCCUACACUUGGUAUUAGUUUUAUUGGCGCUGGCAAUGGCAACUGGCGUAGCAAGAAACAGCGCAGCGUGGCACUCUCGUCUACCGAAGCAGAGUACAUGGCACUGUCGGAGGUGACCCAAGAAGCGACGUGGCUCAAGACGUUCAUGAGUAAGCUCGGCGAAGAAGCAGGCGAUGACGCUCUAACUAUCUAUGAAGACAAUCAAGGUGCUAUUGCGUUGGCCAAGAACCCAGAGUUCCACAAACGCACCAAGCACAUCGACAUUCGCUACCACUUCGUGCGAGAAAAGGUCGAAAAGAAUCAAGUCGUGCUACAGUACUAUCCGACGCAAGAUAUGCUCGCUGACAUCAUGACCAAGGCAAUCGCAGCGCCACAGUUUACCAUCCUCCGUACUGAACUCGGCAUCACUGUCGGUGUCGCUACCGAGUCGAGUGGGAGUGUUGUAAAAGAAGCGACUCGGCAUGCAAACGGCGACCACAAGAAUGUACGUGCAGACAAUUAG